ACCUCACCAGGGACUGGCUUUCCUGCCUGUGGUGGCAGUUCCCAGAGCACCUUGAGGGACUUUAUCUCUGCCUGACAAGGAGCCCAUUGGCUGGGACGCCACGCUUGUUCCUCCAGGACCAGGAGUCCUCCAAAGCAUCGAAGCAUGGCGAACUGACACUUGAUUGGACUAGUCUCUUGCUUCUUCCUGAACUCUGAAGCCCAGAGUCUGGCCCAGUAGUCAGCAUGGGUCGUGAACAGGAUCUUAUCCUUGCUGUCAAGAAUGGAGAUGUGACCUGCGUGCAGAAACUGGUGGCUAAAGUGAAGGCUGCAAAAACAAAGCUCCUCGGCUCCACGAAGAGACUCAACAUCAACUACCAGGAUGCUGAUGGAUUCUCUGCUCUCCACCACGCUGCCUUGGGAGGCAGCCUGGAGCUCAUAGCCUUACUGCUGGAGGCUCAAGCCACUGUCGACAUCAAAGACAGCAAUGGCAUGCGCCCCCUACACUAUGCGGCCUGGCAGGGCCGGCUGGAGCCUGUGAGACUGCUCCUGCGGGCUUCUGCGGCUGUCAACGCUGCCUCGCUGGAUGGGCAGAUCCCUCUGCACCUAGCCGCACAGUAUGGGCACUAUGAGGUGUCAGAGAUGCUUCUGCAGCACCAGUCCAACCCGUGCCUAGUCAACAAGCUGAAGAAGACACCCCUGGACCUCGCCUGCGAAUUUGGGCGGCUCAGGGUGGCCCAGCUGCUUUUGAACAGCCACUUAUGUGUGGCACUGCUGGAGGGAGAGGCAAAGGACCCAUGUGACCCCAACUACACCACACCCCUGCACUUGGCUGCCAAGAAUGGUCACAGAGAAGUCAUCAGGCAGCUCUUGAAAGCUGGUAUUGAGAUCAACCGCCAGACCAAGACAGGCACCGCGCUCCAUGAGGCUGCGUUAUACGGCAAAACCGAGGUGGUGCGGCUGCUCCUAGAGGGAGGUGUGGACGUGAAUAUCCGGAACACAUAUAACCAGACGGCGCUGGACAUAGUCAAUCAGUUUACCACCUCUCAGGCCAGUCGGGAAAUCAAGCAGCUACUUCGGGAGGCUUCAGGGAUCUUGAAGGUUCGAGCACUUAAGGAUUUCUGGAACCUUCAUGACCCCACCGCUCUCAAUGUCCGGGCAGGAGAUAUCAUCACGGUGCUUGAACAGCACCCUGAUGGCCGCUGGAAGGGCCACAUCCAUGAGAGCCAAAGGGGCACAGACCGUGUCGGCUACUUUCCCCCGGGCAUCGUCGAGGUGGUCAGCAAGCGGGUGGGCAUACCCGUGGCCCGUCUCCCCUCCGCACCCACCCUGCCGCGGCCAAGCUUCUCCCGGAUAUCACAGCCCUCAGCUGAUGACCCCCUGCCACCUCUCACCUAUGGCCAGCUCCCUCGGGUGGGCCUUAGCCCAGACAGUCCAGCAGGUGACAGGAAUAGCGUGGGCAGCGAGGGCAGCGUGGGCAGCAUUCGCAGUGCGGGCAGUGGGCAGAGCUCUGAAGGCACCAAUGGCCAUGGCACUGGCCUCCUUAUCGAGAGUGCUCAGCCACUGCCCUCUGCCGGUGAGGAUCAGGUGCGGUCUGGCCUGCACGCUCCAUCCCUGCCAGACAACCUGAGCCACCGCCCUCUGGCCAGUCAUCGCUCUGGGGAGAUUUUUACCCAGGAUGUGAGGCCUAAACAGCUCCUGGAAGGGAAGGAUGCACAGGCCAUUCAUAACUGGCUAAGUGAGUUCCAGCUAGAAGGCUACACCGCCCACUUCCUGCAGGCUGGUUAUGAUGUGCCAACCAUCAGCCGAAUGACCCCCGAGGAUCUGACGGCCAUUGGCGUGACCAAGCCUGGACACAGGAAGAAGAUCGCCUCCGAGAUUGCCCAGCUCAGCAUUGCCGAGUGGCUGCCCAACUAUAUCCCGGUGGACUUGCUGGAGUGGCUGUGUGCGCUGGGGCUGCCACAGUACCACAAGCAUCUUGUGAGCAGCGGCUAUGAUUCCAUGGGGCUGGUGGCCGAUCUCACCUGGGAGGAGCUGCAGGAGAUAGGCGUGAACAAGUUGGGGCAUCAGAAGAAGCUAAUGCUAGGCGUGAAACGACUGGCAGAGCUUCGGCGGGGCCUGCUGCACGGGGAGGCCCUAGGUGAAGGCGGACGAAGGCUGACCAGGGGUCCAGAACUGAUGGCCAUUGAAGGCCUAGAGAAUGGGGAAGGUCCAGCUUUGACUGGCCCUCGCCUCCUCACCUUUCAGGGCAGUGAGCUGAGCCCAGAACUACAGGCAGCUAUGGCAGGGGGUGGCCCAGAACCACUACCCCUCCCCCCUGCCCGCUCUCCUAGCCAGGAAAGCAUUGGCGCCCGCUCACUGGGAUCUGGCCACUCCCAAGAACAGCCCGCCUCCCAGCCCACUGUUGGUGACUCCAGUGCCCCACAGGAAAGGAACCUUCCGGAGGGUACAGAGCGUCCCUCUAAGCUUUGUUCCUCAAUCCCUGGCCAAGGACCUGCCCCAUACGUCUUCAUGUGUCCACAGAGUUCACCUUCUAGCCCAGACCCAGGGCCACCUUCCAGUGCUCCCCGUGCCCUCUCCUACUUGGCUGGCUCUCCUGCCGCUCCUCCAGACCCACCUCGGCCCAAACGCCGGUCCCACAGCCUGAGCCGCCCUGGUCCUGCUGAGGGCGAAGCAGAAGGGGAGGCUGAACGGCCCGUGGGCAGUGCUUUGGGCAGUUAUGCCACCUUGACUCGGAGACCAGGACGCAGCACCCUUACCCGGACUAGCCCUAGUCUGACGCCAACACGAGGGACCCCCCGAAGCCAGUCCUUUGCCCUCCGUGCCCGUCGUAAAGGGCCCCCGCCCCCACCCCCCAAGCGCCUCAGUUCGGUCUCUGGCCCCACCGAGCCACCUUCACUAGAUGCAAGCUCAGGGCCCAAGGAAGGGACCAUCGGUCCCCGGAGGAGAACGCUGAGUGAACCAACUGGCCCCUCAGAGUCCCCUGGUCCUUCUGCCCCAACUGGCCCUGUGUCAGACACGGAAGAAGAGGAGCCUGGCCCCGAGGGGACACCCCCAUCCAGAGGCAGCUCCGGGGAAGGGCUGCCCUUCGCAGAGGAGGGAAACCUAACUAUCAAGCAGCGACCGAAGCCAGCAGGGCCGCCUCCCCGCGAGACACCUGUGCCCCCUGGCCUUGACUUCAACCUCACAGAGUCGGAUACUGUCAAACGGAGGCCCAAAUGCAAGGAGAGAGAGCCACUACAGACUGCACUGUUGGCCUUUGGGAUAGUGGGUAGUGAUACCCCUAGUCCCUCUGCCCCCCUGUCCCCCCAGGCCCCCUGUGAAUCUCCCUCAGCUUCCUCUAACCCUCUGCGGUCCGAGCCCAGUAGCCUUUCAUCUCAAGGAACUCCGGCCCCUUCUCUCAGCCCCGUAUCUCAGCCACCUGGCCGCCCAGGGCCCUGUGUUGGGCCAGUUCUAGAAAACUCCACAGGUGGCCGGCUGAAUGUGGAGCUGGAACCUCCAGCUGCUCCUGCUGCCCUCCUCAAAGUGCCAGGAGCAGGAACAGCUCCCAAGCCUGUGUCUGUGGCCUGCACUCAGCUGGCAUUUUCUGGCCCAAAGCUGGCUCCCCGGCUCGGCCCCCGCCCAGUACCCCCUCCGAGGCCUGAGAGUACUGGGCCUGUGUGUCCAGGCCGGGCCCAACAGAGACUGGAGCAAACCAGCUCAUCCUUGGAAGCUGCACUGAGGGCAGCCGAGAAGAGCAUUGGCACCGAGGAGCAGGAGGGCCCCACAGCGACCAAGCGCAUUCUGGAUGACAUCAGCACCAUGUUUGAUGCCCUGGCUGACCAGCUGGAUGCCAUGCUAGACUGAGCAAAACUGGCCUGUGACUCUCCCACAGUGGCCUGCCAGGGUUCACCACCUGAGGCCUGGCAUGGAAGAAGCCCCUGCCACCCAAGGGAUAGGCAGAGGCUUGGUGGGGAUGCAGUAUCCUUCAUAGCAGAAGUUGUCCUACGGCUCCAAGCAGUGGCUGUUAGUCCCACUGGGAGCUGAGAGGACCUGUCAGAACCUGACUGAGGGGCCUUAGCUAUGUGGGAGCAAAGUCUUCCCGUGUGCAGCUGACUGCACAGCUUUGGCCUCUGAAUAGGGACUCUCGUAAGAGCAUCCUCUAGGAGGAGG